AAUUAUUCAUAUUUAAUAGCUACGUGUGUGUGGGCUGACUGUAAAAUCAUAUUUCAACGAACACUUUCAAAGAUAUGUAAGUUUACGCCAAUGUGUAAACACAAAGGAAACGGAAAAGUUUCAAAGCGUGAUAUAUCGAAGGUUCUAGAUAUUUUGGUAAUCAUAGGGCGUCGAGAGUUGUAGCUUAUAAGUCGAUCUUGUAACUUUCAACGACAGAAUUGUUUAUUGUUGCUUUGUGCAGUUGUGACGUAUGAACGUUAAAAGUCGAGAAGUUUCUAAGACGAUUCGAAUUCCGUUGCUAUCGCUGAUGAAACGUGUUACAUUUUCCUUCAAGAAGCGGCUGGUGAUAAAAUAAUCUCAGAAUAAUAAUACAAAUUCAACAACGAUCUCUUCGUCACCACGGCGGAAUCAUCGAGAAGAUAGAAAAUAUUGGUGAGCACACGGCGUAUACGAAACCGAUCACGGCGCGUACGAUUUUGUGUCGAAGGAUAGAAUUCCACCUCUUGCUUAAAAGAAGAAGCUGUUUACAUAACUCUUUCUGAAAUCGCAAUUAUGAAGGCGGCCAUGUCAUAUAUGAAUCGAACUGCAUUGAAUACAAUGUUUCUUAUCGCAUCGGAUUCCUUUGUACCAAAGUUACAUGAGUCCAUAAGAUCUAUUGAAGUACUAGAACCAGCAUCUGUCAAUCAUGAAGACGUCAAAUGUGAAACAUCAACACACAAUUCUCAAGAUGUGACAGAGCAAACAUCAACUCUUCCAAGUGUCUCUCAGGAUGUCAAAUUGAUACCUGAUCAAAUUGAUGUUUUGAUGUCACUUCAUAAUUCGCCGAACAAAUAUUUGAUUGUGGAAGACGUGCAAAAGAACGCAGAACGUUACAUAAACAAUACAAAUAACAAAUUCAGCAGUCUAGAUUUGCAUCUGCAGUCUAGAAUGCUGCAUACUGAGUCCAACAAAUUCGCUACUUACCAGGAAGAAGUGCCUGUAGAGAUAACAGAAAAGGGAAAGAAAAAAGAAAAUACAGAGAUUGAAUACUUUUGUAAAUUACCACUUUCUCAGAUAGAAUCUAAAACUGAAGAAACUAUUUAUCACCUCAAGCCGUUGUUUAAAUGUCUGGUUUGCCAUAAAAUACUGAAAGCUAGCUUCAACAUCGAGAAUACAAAAAUAUUGAUGAUUGAUGAAGUAAAGAACGAUUACUUGGUACCGUAUCAACAAAAAGGUAUUAUGGGUUUAGUGCACCUCGAGUGUAAGCCGCAGAACCUGAGCUGCAAUGAUGAAAAUAAUCGCUAUCGCUGUGGUUUAUUAUUCGAGAAACAACUGAAGAAUGUAAUAAGCAUGCAGCAUCAGCUCUAUAUGCUGAUAAUCACACUGGCAUUAAUACUAUCCCCGAUAUUUCUGAGUUUCCUAGCUUUCAGUUUGUCAAAUAGUGGAGUUUCUAACCGCGGGAUAUCGAUCAUUAGCCUAUAUUGCAUAUUAUUUAUAGGCUUAGUUAUAAAUGAAUUAUUCAGAUACUAUAAGAAAAUCAAUGAAUUUGUUAAAACAACGUAUCUAAUAGUAUGGAAGGUUCAGUCCAAUUCUUUUCCUAUUAAAAAUUUUCAGACAAAAUAAGCUCGAUAGUGAUACAUGCUGAAAAAGUUAGUGAUAUAUAUAUAUAUAUAUAUAUAUAUAUAUAUAUAUAUAUAU